CGCCCCCCUUCGGCAUGGACCCCGCGGCGCACGCCGCGCACAGCGCGCUCGCCUACAACCCCUACGCGCUGUACCCCGCGCAGCUGCACCAGGCGUACCGGCUGGAGGAGCAGCUGUACCUGGAGCGCUGCGGCAUGCUGCGGUCCCCGCACUCGCUGUACCCGUCCUACCCCGUGGGCGGGCUGGGCGGCGGCGUGGGGGCUGGCCUGUCCUCCCUCUACGGCCUGCAGGGCGGCCUGCAAGGUGGCCUCCAGGGCCUGCAGGGGCUGCGCUACCCGCCCGCGCUCCCCGACGUGCUGCCCUCGCACCUCGGCAUGCUGUCGCCCGCCAUGGCGGCCGAGCGCCUCAAACUGGAGGAGGAGCACCGACUGAGGCUGCGAGAGGAGGAGAAGGAGAAGGAGAGGGAGAGGGAGCGGGAGAGGGACAGGGAGCAGCGCGAGCAGCGCGAGAGAGACAGGGAGAGAAAGCAAGAGGAAGAGAGAGAGCGCGAUAGUGCGCGGCGAGAGAAGGCCAAGCGAGCGUCUCCCUCGCACACCUCUCUCUCACACCAUGACAGUACAGGUGAGAGUGUCAGCCGCAGCACUGCUGGCCACCUCACUCUUAAAGAAUAGCCUGGAGGCCACCCGUAGUGGGUUUUGGCGGCGACCCCCCGGCCACCGCCUCGACCGCCAUCAGUACAACGACGACGAUGAGCACUGCGAGUGGCCUCCCUGUAGCCAGUACCGCUUCUACUACUAUUGCUUCCACCUCAUCCAC